GACCUUCAUCAAGAACUAGAUCUCAAACUUCUAAAGCAUCAUCAGAAACAAGAUCAAAAACAAAGAAGCUUAGAUGAAUAUCAGAAGGAGGUUGAGGAUAAUGGUGGAGAUGAUGAUGAUGGGGAUGAUAAUGGGGAUGAUAAUGGAGAUAAUGAUGGGGAUGAUGAUGGGGAUGAUGGUGGGGAUAAUAGUGAAGAUGAUAAUUAUGAUGAUAAUGACGAUAAUGAUGGGAAUGAUAAAAAGAACAUUGGAGGACAUAGUGUGGGGAAAAUGGACAUUGAAUGUGAACAUUAUGGGGCAUUAAAAUGGAAGGGAGAAAAACCAGGACUUUGUUGCAUGAAUAGAGAAGUUGUAUUAGUACCACUUCAAGCACCACCACCAGAAAUUCUUUAUUUUCUUACAGAAAAAGAUCCAAUAUCUAAA